UGAUUGGUCAUCAUUCGGAAGCUUCUCGAAGCGCGCGAUUACGGUAUUAAAAGCGCGACACGAAGUUGCCGUUGUCAGUCUCGCAAAGAGUUACAAACGAGAAGUGUGCAUAUAGCGUCAACUUGCAAGUCUCCGAAAUAUUAGAUAAUUUAAUACCAGUGACUGGCUAUAUAUUGAGAUUGUGACAGAACAAAGAGAUAACAAUGGCGAAAGCACCAGCGGUAGGAAUCGACUUGGGCACCACGUACUCCUGCGUGGGUGUCUUCCAACACGGCAAAGUUGAGAUCAUCGCCAAUGAUCAGGGUAAUCGGACCACACCGAGCUAUGUUGCAUUCACCGACACCGAGAGGCUGAUCGGUGAUGCGGCCAAGAAUCAAGUUGCUAUGAAUCCCAGCAACACCAUCUUCGACGCAAAACGUUUGAUCGGUCGUCGAUUCGAAGAUGCAACAGUACAGAGCGACAUGAAGCAUUGGCCCUUCACAGUGGUCAAUCAGGGUGGUAAACCAAAGAUCAAGGUAUCUUACAAGGGUGAGACGAAAACCUUUUUCCCCGAGGAGGUAUCUUCCAUGGUAUUAACGAAGAUGAAGGAGACAGCUGAGGCAUACUUGGGCAAGACUGUCUCAGACGCCGUUAUCACUGUACCGGCUUACUUUAAUGACUCUCAGAGGCAAGCGACAAAGGACGCCGGCGUUAUUGCUGGUCUGAACGUUCUCAGGAUAAUAAACGAGCCCACGGCAGCUGCGAUAGCAUACGGCCUUGAUAAGAAAACAUCGGGCGAGAAGAAUGUCCUGAUCUUUGAUCUGGGUGGCGGUACCUUCGAUGUGUCAAUCUUGACAAUUGAGGACGGUAUCUUUGAGGUGAAAUCCACAGCCGGCGACACUCAUCUUGGUGGCGAAGACUUCGACAAUCGGAUGGUCAACCAUUUCGUUCAGGAGUUUAAGAGGAAGUAUAAGAAGGAUCUGAGUUCCAACAAAAGAGCUUUGAGACGUCUAAGGACGGCUUGCGAAAGAGCGAAAAGAACACUGAGCUCAUCGACACAAGCGAGUAUCGAGAUUGACUCGUUAUUCGAGGGCAUUGACUUUUAUACGUCAAUCACAAGAGCUAGGUUCGAGGAACUUUGCGCCGAUAUGUUCAGGAGUACUCUCGAACCGGUGGAGAAGGCAUUGAGAGACGCAAAAAUGGACAAAGCUCAAGUUCAUAGCAUAGUUCUAGUCGGUGGCUCCACCAGGAUACCAAAGAUUCAGAAGUUGCUACAGGACUUCUUCAACGGCAAGGAAUUGAAUAAAUCUAUCAAUCCGGACGAGGCCGUCGCUUAUGGUGCAGCGGUUCAAGCGGCUAUCCUGCAUGGUGAUAAGUCUGAGGAGGUACAAGAUCUGCUUUUGUUGGACGUGACUCCAUUGUCAUUGGGUAUUGAGACCGCUGGCGGUGUCAUGACCACUUUAAUCAAGAGGAAUACUACGAUACCUACGAAGCAGACUCAAACGUUUACCACGUACUCAGACAAUCAACCGGGAGUACUUAUUCAAGUCUACGAAGGAGAGAGAGCGAUGACUAAAGAUAAUAACAUUCUUGGCAAAUUUGAGCUUACGGGAAUUCCACCCGCGCCUAGAGGCGUACCUCAGAUCGAAGUUACUUUUGAUAUCGAUGCCAAUGGUAUUCUGAAUGUUUCCGCAAUUGAGAAGUCUACGGGUAAAGAAAAUAAGAUCACAAUUACCAACGACAAAGGUCGCUUAUCGAAAGAGGAUAUCGAAAGGAUGGUAAAUGAGGCUGAAACGUAUCGAUCGGAAGACGAGCAGCAGAGAGAAAGAAUCUCCGCUAAGAACUCUCUCGAGUCGUAUUGUUUCAACAUGAAGAGCACGAUGGAAGAUGACAAAGUCAAGGAUAAAAUCGACGCGUCCGAUAAAGAGAGAGUCAUUUCUAAAUGCAACGAAGUCAUCUCGUGGUUGGACUCCAAUCAAUUAGCGGAGAAGGACGAAUUCCUCGACAAGCAGAAGGAACUAGAGGCUAUUUGCAAUCCUAUCGUUACAAAGCUUUAUCAAGGAGCGCCCGGCGGUUUUUCGGGCGCUGGUGGAGCAGCACCUAAUUCUGGUGGUGCUGGUGCCGGUGGUGCCGGACCAACCAUCGAAGAAGUCGACUAAAUCAUUCUUUUCACAUAGUUUGGACAACGCCAAAAAUCGUUUUUACUUUACGCAGGCUGCAUUGUUACUUAAUUUUCACAUACUCAUUUUAAUUCACUUCAUGUAAAAACAUCUUGUUUUUUUUUAUUUUCUGAAGUCUAUCCAUGUGUUGUUAAUGUCAUCGUAUUAUAUUAAUUUGUUAUAAUAAAUAUUUAUAAUUAUAUAAUUGUAGUGUUCGCAACCGUAAGUGUUUGCAACACCUAAUUGUUGCGCGUGUUCUUGCUUAAUCUAUAAUCAUCUUUCUACCUCGUAUUAUCUACAGAAUUAUUUUACUUCAAUUUUCUGGUCGAUAAAAUUGAACGAGGAUUAUUAAGUAUGUGGUGAUCACACCGACGAACUGAAAAGAGGUUUAUUUUACUACAUUGCUAUCAUUAUCUCACAAAUAAUUGCAUACUCACGCCACUAAGCAAAGCAUUGUUCAUUUCAAAAAAAUCGCAAGCUGUAAAUGCCACUCGUUGCUGUUGUAGUUGCAUUGAAAAAUCGUUGACCUCGUUUCUUACGCAGUCACGAUCUAAAUUUUUGCGCAGAAGGCUCUCCAUGACGAUGUAGUUUAGAUUGUAAGUGCUAUUCUGAUUAGAAUUUCGUUCGCUAUCCUGUCUUUCGAAUGGUCUCGGUACUUCUAGACUUGGUUGAUUACAGCUUACGCCGCUCGUCUUUUUGAGAUACGAUUUGCAAUUCAGUACGACUGCGUAUAUAAUUAUUCCGGUUCUGUAAGAUUCUUGGGAUGCGAGUGUACAGAUCCAACACAUUAUGCCAAACUUUGCGGCGUAUAAGACCCAAAGGAUAUUAUUUAUUAGCAUAAAUCCGUAAUUCUUCUCGACAACACCCAUGUAGAUCCUAAAUAACGUAGCUACGACCAUGGUAAAGCAGUUCGCCGAACAAAGGAGAAGAUGAAAACCGUGAAUCUCGUUUAUCAUGAUAACUAGAUCAUAAAUUCCUAUUAAUAGAAAAAAAUUGUGAUUGCAAGACUUGCUUUAUAUUAGUAUAAUUAUCGCAAACAGGCGAUACAAUUGUACAAUCGUUAAAUUUAUAAAGUGAUUGUAUGUUUAACUUUUAUAAGUUACAUAUAUGUUCAAAUUAAAUUUUAAAUUUUAUAUGAAUGUGAUAAUAUACAUAUAUAUUAUUAAAUCGUGAUAUUAAAUGGUAAAGUGAUACUGAUGUAAAAUCGCAAUCGAUUGAAAAUAUAUAAAAUACUUGUACUCACCGGUGUGCAAUUCUCUGAUACGUCUGAUCUUGAUCGCGAUCCACGACGUAUCUAGUCGUUCGUCCAACUGCUCGAUCAACUCAUUUAUUGUACGAAAUCUGUGGUAGAGAACAUAGACGACAACGUCGAAAACGAAGCUAUUGAUCAACGAUUGAGCGAUUGUAUAGUAAAGCAGCAAGUCGGACGCGAAGAUAUCUUCGGGAAGUGUGAAGUAAUAAUACAGAGCGUGUAUAAUCAUGGACAAGGGGCCAAGAGCCGAUGUUGCGAGAAUAGCUAGCAUUUCGGCAUUUCUUAUAGAUCGAUCGUUCACGAGUGUCUCCUUUCUGAUCUUUUGAUCAAGGGCCUUUAUUUUGCUCAUUAGCUCCGGCCACUUGUCGUAGUGCCGGAUGCCAUGGUACACGUAGUAAUACGCCGACACGUAGCACACUACCUUGUUCAUGUAGUACAUGAUCUUGAAUAUGUCGCUCUUGAAGACACUACCGAAAGUGAAGAAAUCUAUCGCACCGUACGCGACGAUCACUGAACAAACUCCGAAAUGAAUGACACGUAGGACUAUCGUAAUAGCUUUGGGGCACUUUCGCGGCCGUGCAACGCCAACACCCAAAAACCAGGAAACGUACGUUAUUGGGCGCAAGAUAUACUCGAUCGAGGGCGAGUUAUCUUCCACUUGUACAUUAAUUUCUUCCUCCAUUGUUGCCUCGAGUUUCCGUAUUAAUUGUGAUAUCGAGCAAGUAUAUUUGCGAAUAGUUAAAUCAGGGCCAUUUGAAGUGGGAAUUUUUCCAGAGAAUAGCGGUGAGCGUUGAGGCUUUUCUAAAGGCAACACAGAACUCUUUGUCGAGCAUAGUUUGCUCUUCCGUGCGAUUCUAGGUAUGAAGGUAGGAUAAAAAAACCUGAUGUAUUGCUAGUGCAAAAUUAACGAAGCUCAUACAUUGCUUGCUGCUAGCUGUAGCCUCCUAACACGGUUUUAGUAAAUUAAAUCGAUUCAAGCGCGCAAAAAGAGGAACACCCGCGCGGUUAAUAAUGCACAAAGUUUUGAAUAAUGGAAACGUUAACUUCUUGAAAAUCUUUUUUCCAAGCGGCAUUUUAGACAUAAUAUUUAGGCUACAGUUGAUACGUAGUAGCUGUAUACUACAAAUCAUAUUAAUAAUUAAUUAUGAAAUUAUCACGCGUUAAAUCUCACAGAAAUGUAUUUAUUAAAUAUUAAUUUAUUAGUUAAGUC